GCCGCAAGCCCAUCCCUUGAAGAGGAGAAAUGAAGGAGAGGCAUUUUAUGGGGCUUGUGUGUGUGUGUGUCUGUGAGAGAGAGAGCGUGCGUGUAACUUUCUCCCAACAUUGUCCAAGGAAGUGGGAAAGACCCGUCUGACCGGGCCGACUGUCUAGCCACAGUGCCGGUCGACAAGAAGGAGUGGUCCGUGUGGCACCGGCCGGUUACAUUCCACACCGCAUCGAGAGGGAUUUCCACACGGCGGUGCUGGAGCACCAGACCUCCUCCACACAGGAGAGCUUCUUCCAGGAAGGAUCCAAACAGGUUGCCCGCUUUCACCUUGACAACCUACCAUCAGUGUCUACGAUACCACGUAGCACGUUGCUGCCGUCAAUGCUCGCGCUUGCAGUGAUGACCUAAAGGGACGUGACCCGAAGACGGACGACUCCCGUCAUUUCGGCAUCAUUAGGAUAGCGUUCGCAAGCUCUCUUUUGCGUCAGAGGGAGAUGAGCGGUCCUGAUUAAAGCAAAGAGCGUCAACCGCCUUCGCUCUUACGUGGACUGAAGUUGAUCAAAUAGAAUGUGAGGGACCCCCAGCGAAAGGGCAAACCGUGUUCAUGCUCUUCGAUGGAGUAAUUACGCCUCAUCGAGCACUGAUCAAAACCAGCCCCACCAGCUCUAACGUAAACUAUUAAAUUAUUGCUUCAGCUGGACAACUAGAUAACAUUUGGGUUUUAUUUUAAAAAAAUAAUAAACACUCGGUGGCCUCCGGUGUAAUCUGGAGAGUAAAUACCAUAGAGGAAAUGAGAACACAUGGCGCAAAAACCCCCGGGAAUAAAGUAAGAAAAGCUUCUUUUGGAUUUAAUAUUGUGCGACGGAUGAAUGAUGGAUGAAUAGCUGGAGAUCUAAUCCGUCCGGUGAAGAUCGCUCUGCGCUCACGGGGAGCAAAUUAAUAAUUUUGUCAAAUGUAAAUGAAAGCGAACUGAGGUCAUGUUCUGCUUCCCCCAAAGAGUGCAGUGUUGUUAUUGCGCAGUUUUACUGGUGCCAAUAUCUCUAAACGUGCUUGAUCGGACCGCGUUUUCUCUGGGAAGGUGGAAAGGGGGUUGGUUUAUCGGAUGGAGUCCCUUCGCCAUCCUUUAAUGAUGCGCCAAGAGCCUGGAAAAGCCACUUGAAGCGGAGGGAUCGAGGGCGUGGACUGCGCCCUUUCCGGCACGUUCCAGCCACGAGGCUGCGCAAGGCUUAUCGCGGAGCGGUCCGUCACAACGGAACCACGCAGGAAACGGGAGUCCGCUCUCCCAACACAGCGUGUGAACGUGCUCGAUGCGUGAGGGAGCCGGUUGUAUGUGAUUGCGAAACGCCUAAAGGGCCGCGGAGCAAGCGGUCCCAUUCUUCCCGCGGGAUGUUUUGAGAAGAGCCGAAAAGACGUGGAAGCCGCCGGGCUCACUCGUUGUUCCAGCAGGCUUCGGAGCGCGGUCUGCUGGGUUCCGCUACAGAGACGGGAUCCGUGGAAAUAAACACCGCGAUAUGCCGUUGGCCAUCCCGGCACUCGGAUCGUCCCCGCUCAGUGGAAGCAAAGAUCACAAAGGCAGCUGCGCCGACUCCAAAGCGGCGCCGCAGCUCGUGUGGGAGGGUCCCACGGCGUACUGCUCGCGCCGCUGUGAACCUCUUCCUUCGGUCCAAUCGCGCUCGGUCCGAGCACCUCCCACCGCUGCCCCUAACGCAGGCCAGAGACCAGAGACUUCCACAAUAGGAGGGGAAGCGCCUUGCUCGAGUGUACCGUCGCCAGAGGUGGCAUUCGAACCGGAGUUCUUCAAGUCCAAAGUGUGCCAGGGAACCAGCAACAGGCUCACGCUGCUGGGAACACCCGAAGACCAUUACCGCAACAUGGUGAAGAUUUACAGCAACUGCACUGCGGUGCUGGAAAACCUGGAGAUCACCUACACAGAGGAGCACCAUGAUCUGUCUUUCCUCAAGAACAUCCAGGAGGUAGGGGGCUACGUGUUGAUUGCUGUGAACAAGGUGCCCACCAUCCCUCUGGAUAACCUCCGCAUCAUCCGGGGCCACACCCUCAUGGACGACAAAUACGCCCUGUCUGUGAUGUUCAACUACAACAAGAAUUUCACCUUCAAGAGCCCAAACAUCACCAGGGGGGUUUUCCAGCUGUCACUGAGAAACCUCACAGAAAUCCUCAAAGGGGGCGUCAGAUUCCAGUCCAACCCUUUCAUGUGCAACGUGGAGACCGUAAAGUGGUACGACAUCGUGGACAAGGACAGCAACCCAGUCAUGGAGCUUCCCAAGACCAGCCUUGCCCAGCACUGUAAGAAGUGCGAUCCAAGCUGCUUCAAUGGGUCCUGUUGGGCACCAGGCAAGGAGAACUGCCAGACUUUGACCAAGCUGACCUGUGCGGAACAGUGCUCUGGCAGGUGCAAGGGUCCCAAGCCCAGCGAUUGCUGCAAUGAGCACUGUGCUGCCGGCUGCACCGGACCCAAGGCCACCGACUGCCUGGCAUGCAAGGCCUUCCAGGACGAAGCGACGUGUAAGGACGCCUGCCCCCAGCUCAUGCUUUACAACCCCAACACCCACCAGCUGGAAGUCAACCCGGACGCCAAGUACACCUUUGGGGCCACCUGCGUCAAGAAAUGCCCACACAACUAUGUGGUGACGGACCACGGCGCGUGUGUUCGGACCUGCAGCGCAGGCACGUACGAGGUGGACGAGGACGGAGUUCGCAAGUGCAAGAAGUGCGAGGGACCGUGUCCAAAAGUGUGCAACGGGCUCGGGAUGGGAAACCUCACGGACGUCCUGUCGAUCAACAACUCUAACAUCAACUCCUUCUGGAACUGCACCAAAAUUAACGGCGACGUCUCCAUUCUGCGCACCACCUUUAAGGGUGACUCAUUCACCAAUACAUCCGAGAUGAAUCCAUCCAAGCUUGAAGUUUUUAAAACUGUCAAGGAAAUUACUGGUUUCCUGGUUAUCCAGGAGUGGCCGUCUGACAUGGAAUCCCUCAGCCCCUUUGAGAACCUGGAGAUCAUCCGAGGGAGGACCAAGCAACAGGGCUCCGUAAGCUUCGCUGCCAUCAGCACAGCCGUCACGCACCUGGGCCUGCGCUCUUUGCGGGAGAUCAGCGACGGCGACGUGGUGGUCAUGAACAACCCAAAGCUGUGCUACACCGACAAGUCGCACUGGAAGGCGAUGUUCAAGUCCGAGAAGCAGAACGCCAGGGUGCAGAAAAACAUGGACGCUGACCAUUGCAUGUUGCAGAACCGCACGUGUGACCCCAUGUGCACCUCGAAAGGCUGCUGGGGGCCCGGCCCCGCCAUGUGCUUCUCCUGCAAGCACUUCGCCCGUGCCGGACGCUGCGUCGGGACCUGCAACAGCCUCGAAGGGGAGCCGCGAGAGUAUGUGGUCAACGAUACCUGCCUGCCCUGUGACCCGGAGUGCCAACUCCAGAACAUAACCGAGACUUGCCGAGGACCGGGUCCUGAUAUGUGCAUGGCUUGCGCCAACUUCAAAGACGGCCCCCACUGCGUCCACUGGUGCCCCCACGGCAUCCCCGGGGAGAGCGACACUUUGGUGUGGAAAUACGCCGAUAAGGACGGGGUCUGCCAGAGCUGCCACGAGAACUGCACCCAGGGGUGCAGCGGUCCAGGGUUGGAUGGCUGCCACGCUAGAGGCUCGCGCCUGUCCUCCAUCGCAGCCGGGGUGGUAGGCGGCCUGCUGGCCUUCGUCAUCAUCGCUCUGUCCGUCUUCGUGCUGCUGCGCAGGCGUCGCAUCAAGAGGAAGAGGACCCUGCGCAGGCUGCUCCAGGAGAAAGAGCUGGUCGAACCCCUGACGCCAAGCGGGGAGGCGCCCAACCAGGCCUUGCUCCGCAUCCUGAAGGAGACUGAGUUCAGGAAGAUCAAGGUCCUGGGAUCUGGAGCCUUUGGAACUGUCUACAAGGGAAUGUGGGUUCCAGAAGGAGAAGAUGUGAAGAUCCCCGUUGCCAUCAAGGUGCUGAGGGAGGCCACAUCUCCUAAAGCGAACAAAGAGAUCUUGGAUGAGGCCUACGUGAUGGCCAGCGUGGACCACCCCCACGUGUGCCGGCUGCUUGGGAUCUGCCUCACCUCCACGGUGCAGCUCAUCACCCAGCUGAUGCCCUACGGCUGCCUGCUGGACUACGUCAAGGAGAACAAGGACAACGUGGGCUCCCAGUAUCUGCUCAACUGGUGUGUGCAGAUCGCCAAGGGUAUGAGCUACCUGGAAGACAGACACCUGGUCCACCGCGACCUGGCUGCCAGGAACGUGCUGGUGAAGACCCCGCAGCACGUCAAGAUCACGGACUUCGGCCUGGCCAAGCUGCUCAGUGCAGACGAGAAGGAGUAUCACGCCGACGGGGGGAAGGUGCCCAUCAAGUGGAUGGCGCUGGAGUCCAUCCUGCACCGGACGUACACACACCAGAGCGACGUGUGGAGCUACGGUGUGACGGUCUGGGAGCUGAUGACGUUCGGGACGAAGCCCUACGACGGCAUCCCGGCCAGCGAGAUCGCCGGCGUGCUGGAGAAGGGCGAGAGGCUGCCGCAGCCGCCCAUCUGCACCAUCGACGUCUACAUGAUCAUGGUCAAGUGCUGGAUGAUCGAUGCCGAGAGCCGCCCGCACUUCCGGGAGCUCAUCGUCGAGUUCUCCAAGAUGGCCCGCGACCCCCAGCGCUACCUCGUCAUCCAGGGCGACGAGAGGAUGAACCUGCCGAGCCCCUCCGACUCCAAGUUCUACCGCUCCUUGAUGAGCGGGGACGACAUGGAGGACGUCGUGGACGCGGACGAGUACUUGGUCCCCUACAAGGGAUUCUUCAGCAGCCCCAGCACGUCCCGCACACAGCUUCUCCACUCCAUGAGUCUCAACAGCAGUACCGGGGGCACUUGGCAUAGGACUGGGAAUGGCUGCCCGGCGCGGGAGAACAGCGUGGUUCUGCGCUACAUCUCCGACCCCACGGACAGCUUGCUGGACAGGGACUUCCAGCCGGCGCCGGAAUACAUGAACCAGAACGGGAGCGGCCCGCUGGACAUGACGAACCCCAGCUACCAGCAGCCCCCACCGCCACGUGCCAUGCUCCCCACGGUGGCAUCCGACGACACGGAGGCCGAGUACCUGAACUGCUUCAAGCUGGAGGCGAACCAGCCCGAGUACCUCAACACGCCCCAGAUGGUAGUGGACGAGCCCCGGUUCUGGGGCCAGAAGUGCAGCCCGCAGAUGAGCCUGGACAACCCCGACUACCACCAGGGCUUCGCUGCCCUGCUCCAAGCCCGGCCCAACGGCCACCUCCCCGCCACAGAGAUCGAGUACCCGGGCCUGGCCUUACAGGCGCAGGUCCACUAGCAAACCGCCUCCCUGCGUCAGCCCGGCCGGCGACCCUCAGCGCCAUGGGAGGGAGGUGCGUGACUUGCUUCUGGACCAUAAAUGGCCUGAUGUCAUUGCGGAAGGAAAGACAAUGGCGCUAAAGGGGACGUAACGGUGCCGCCUUGGGACCGGUUUUAUAGACUUUGGCCGGUACCUUGUUGGGUCGCGGGCCUUGCUUCAGGGCGGGCUUUUGCUUCUUUGGUCACCUCUGGUGAUCCCACCGGGGUUCCUGGUGGACCGUGGACUCGAACUAGCGGAAGAGCCAAAGAGCAGAGGGGACAUUGGUCCGUCUCUGAAGCUCUCUCAAAGUGUCACUCAAACCCAUGGGACUGGACCCGUUCUCUCCUGGUGUGUACCCGCCCCGCAGACACUGCCCAACUGCUCGCCCCAGAAGGCAGGACUCCAUACAAAGUCCUUCCUAAGAGGCGUGUCAUGAGAGACCAACGGUGACUGCAGCUCGGGUUUGGACGGCUUCCCUGGUUGCCGCGGGCAACAAGUGAGCAGAGGAGCAAAAAAAGUAGCAUAACUGCUGACACACAGUACAUGUGUCCACCUGGCCUCCUACCGCUGUCAAACCGUACGGGGGCAUCUCCGGGGGGGCACCGUGUGCUGCCGUACAUGAAUGUUUCUGAACAUAUACAGCAUUUUUCCUUUGGUGUAAGAUUAUGUGUACAGCAGGAGACGGACUGGGCUGUGAAGACAAGGAGACACUUGAACUUCCACGCCGCGAGGACACACCUUCUUUCUCUUAGGGGUGCGUUCAGCAAGGGGCUGAGACUAGGAGGUGGAGGACAGUGGCUAUGGGGGUGUAUGAGGUUGUAUGUCAUAUUCAUGUAUUCAUAUUAAGGAUUCUAUUUGCUCCUUUUAAUUGCACCGAUUGCACUGUUUCGUCUGCUUUGCUCUCCAGAUGUAGCAACCCCCCCCCAACCCGGUACCGAAGUAGACGUGCUGGACUGUAAUUACUGCGUUGUGUUUCUUCUCCCCCCUGGCAAAAGUGAAUGUUUUUAUUGAUCCGUUCAUGAGCCAAUCAGUGUAUUCAGAUAAUGUUGCUCUUUUCAAAUAAAACACUGUUUAGCGGACCUCA